AUGCAAGUCUUCACGCCCGUUUAUUCAAUGCUCAUAUUCAUGAAGCCAUCGCUCGCCUCAUUCAUGCCAUGCAUGCCCACCCUCUUCAAGGUCCCAGAAUGGGGGGUGGUGGGUAUAUUCCGAGGAGCAGUCUCUGGUCGGUCGUUGAAAAGCGGGCCGAUGUUUGACUUUGGCGGACCCCAUAUAUUAGGCCCCUGGUCUGUCAGUGCCGGGGAAUUGGGCAUGACUGGACUACUCUGCGCACUCAUGCUGGGAGACACGGCUCUCCGUUUGAACAAAUUAGGGUCGAAAUCGUCCUCUCUUCGUCGCUUUCUGCGUAGCUCUGAAACCACACCUGACUGGCUAGGGAGCGGAGUUGAAGCACGCGACGCAGGUCUUUCACCAGGCUUAACAAACUCCGCGGUAUUUGAUGGUGUCAUGUCCAUCGUUAUAUCCUCCUCCGACACCGAGGAGGCAGCGUGUGGGCGUGGAGGUGGUGGCGGAGUACGAUAA